CGGGCGGCGCGGCCGGGCUCCGCUCCUAGAGCCGCUGCGGCGCAGCCCGGGCUCGGGGCACGCUCCUUGGCGAGUUGCUGCUUGUCCGUGAGGCAUCAUGAAGGCGCCCUGUGUGGUCCUGCUCACCCUUGCCGUCCUGACGCUCCUGACGUGGCUCCCGGUGUCCCUGAGCUGUAACAAAGCACUCUGUGCUAGUGAUGUGAGCAAGUGCCUCAUCCAGGAGCUCUGCCAGUGCCGGCCUGGGGAGGGAAACUGUUCCUGCUGUAAGGAGUGUAUGCUGUGCCUCGGGGCCCUCUGGGACGAGUGCUGUGACUGUGUUGGUAUGUGCAAUCCCCGGAAUUACAGCGACACCCCUCCCACCUCCAAGAGCACGGUGGAGGAGCUGCACGAGCCCAUCCCUUCCCUCUUCCGGGCGCUCACAGAGGGCGACACUCAGCUCAACUGGAACAUCGUCUCCUUCCCUGUGGCAGAAGAGCUCUCACACCAUGAGAAUCUGGUUUCGUUUUUAGAAACCGUGAACCAGCCACACCACCAAAAUGUGUCUGUCCCCGGCAACAAUGUCCAUGCGCCAUAUUCCAGUGACAAAGAACACAUGUGCACGGUGGUUUACUUUGAUGACUGCAUGUCCAUACAUCAGUGUAAAAUAUCCUGUGAGUCCAUGGGGGCGUCCAAGUACCGCUGGUUCCACAAUGCCUGCUGCGAGUGCAUUGGCCCGGAGUGCAUUGACUACGGAAGUAAAACGGUCAAAUGUAUGAACUGCAUGUUUUAGAGACAGAAUGGAAAUAUAAACCAAAGCCAUUUAGACAAAACAGACAUGAGAAGUUAAUUUACCGGUCACGCCAGAAUGCCAGCAAGUUGAGAUGUAGACAACUGGGGAGGAGCUCCUUUCCAGGUCAGACGUGCAGUGACGUGUUAUUGUACUGCUCGCAUGGCUCCCUGCCCCGCAGCAGUGCCCCUGCCCUUGAACCCACACUCAGCUCUGAUCGAAGAAGCAGGUACACCGAGAAUUCCUUCAGGACCUGAAGCUCUUAACAAAGCCUCACGCUGUGUGCCCGCAUUGCUGAAGCUGGCAGAAAGAAGCCUGCCAACCAGAGCUGAUGUUUGUGCUGAUCCUGGAACACUAAGUUUUUCUAAUUGUGUGUAUGCUUUCCUGUGCCUUAUAUUGUUUAUCUGUUUUAUAAGUAGAUAUUCGAAUAUAUCACUCUAAGAACAUGCACAAAAUCAUUAUAAAAAGCUUAAUUUCAGUCCCCAUCCAUCCAGCAGCUCCGUUCCCCUGGCCCGCUAUCUGGCUUAGCUGUUUUCCUCUCACCAAAGGUUGGAAUUGAAUGUAUUCAGAAACCCACAAUGUCAGCAUUACCACAACCGGAGGUGCUUGGCUGUGUCAGGAGCUGGGGCACCAGGUACUUGGGACUUGUCCAGCACCAGAAGCGUGUGGGCUGCCCAGCUGGCAGGAGACACAGAAGCCAUGGUGGUAACCAGUCAGUUCUGUAGUGACGAUCUCCAAGUGCCCUUUGAAAGGAAAGGGGAAGUGCUACCAGAAUCAUCAUCCUCUUCAAUGUCACUGUCCUUCCUUUCUCCCUUGCCCUCACCACCGGACAACAUUACUAAGACUCUGCUGCCCCUAGUGUCCUGUGUCACUUCCUGCAAAGAUGAGAUGUAUUCUUCACUGUACACCGAGUUGGUCAGGUCCCCUACAGACGUUUCCCACAGGGCCAAGGAGCCAGUGCAGUGCCAGGAGUUACAGCCGUCACUGGGUGUCCAGAACAGCUCAGUGGGCCUGGGGCAAAUCGGCCGGCUCGUUUGAGCUCCAGCUGUGUCUUUGGGGUCAGUGGUUUUGAGGCUGGGGUAAGCAGGAACAACUGGUGGCCAGUGAGUCACUUCCUGGCAGGGUUUUUACUCUGCAGUGACUGCUCCCACUGGUAAGGACAGAUGGGCAUUUAGAUCAAAAACAAGCAGAGCGAAGAGUGCUGAGGCUGGGACCGUGCUGGACCUCACUGCCCAGCACAGGCCUGGUUUUAGCAACAUGAGCAUGCGAGCUGGACUAAGCAAAUCCAGAUCCUGCCUCGUGAUCUGCUUCUAAGAUAUUCUCAGGCCGUCAAGAAUUUGGUGACGACUUUUACAACUAUAACCAAAAGGGGCCGACAUGUUACAGCAUGAGACCUACUACUAAGUCAUGGGAACCUUACCAGAAAGCUCACCUUCCUGAGAAACAGGGGAGGACAACACACAGGGUAUCAUAUGGUCUGGCUGGGUGCAGAUGGCUCACUUUACCACCCCCACCUUGUAGAAUUAUGUGAUGGACUAAGCACUCCUUUCUUAGUGAAGAUUUUAAAAAAUUAUGGAAAAAUCAAGAUGAGAGGGAGUUGGUUAGUUUCUCUUCCAUACUGUGUGUUUGAAUCCAAAUAGUAAUGACCUUUCUCUACAGCAUAUGUGAUAUCCUUGGAGCUGCUAGAGGCGUUCCUGUUCUCUAAGUUUGUUCAACAGUGGAUAAGUGGUGUUCUUUAUGGGAUGGUUUGUUUUUUGUACCAAAAUAAAGUGUUUUUUCAUAGCUAAAAAAAUAUUUUUUUACAUGAUGGACUCCAUCCUUAAUACACAUGCUGACAAAGCCAUAGAACUAUCUUCAUUCAUUUCCAUUCCCUAUACCCAUCAUGCUGACCUGGGCAGAGGAGUUGGCCUUUCCCUGAACUGCAGGGCACACCUGUACAAGUGCCCUGCUCGGGUAAAUCAUUUGCAAGUAAAAGCAGCUCUGUGACUUGCAGUAACAGCCAAAAGCACACUAGGAACUGACUGCUAAUCAGACUCCACUUAAGAGCAGCAGGGAAUCCAUUUGUCCCCUGGUAGGAGUGCCAUGGCUGACAGGUGGACUGUUGCUGGAGACCAGAAUGAGCCAGCGCAGCUUCAAGAAGGGCUCGGGGAACUGAAGGAGACUCGCAGUUAGGAGAGGCCAAGUGUACUGGGAAUUGUAAUGGGAGACAAACUAAAAUUAUUUAUGCUCAUUCCUUUUCUUAUUUUAUAGUCCUUCAUUUGUUAAAUUUAUAUCCAGAUCUAAUAAUGUUAUUAUUAGACAAGUAUAACUGUAUUGUAGGAAGUUAGGAUUCCUAUGUAUUUUUUAAAAUCCUUGCACAAGAUGCUGUUCAUUCCAAAUACCACUAGAGGAUUUUUAGUCCAUGUCUUACAUAAUGUUACACUAAAGACAAGCUUAAAGAUGGUAUGCCCUUCUUGGUCAUAAAACUUCAAUCUUCAAGGAUAAAUCCAAGCAAAAGUACUUAUAUUACAGUCUCUUUUACAAAAUUAAAAACUUCUCUAGCACAAGUAACAAGUAUUUGAAUCGCAAGUAACCAUUUAGGAAUACCUCUAAGUAUUGUACGUAUUGUAGAAUAUAAAAAUAGUAAUGCUGUCUGAUAGUUUGUAUGACUCAUUUAUCUGAACAGUAGUUAUAAAGCCAUGUAUAAUAUUAUGAUUAAAUAUUUCCAUUUUUAAAACCUUGA